AGUUCAAAUUCAUAGUUUAAUGUAAACAGCUUACUAAUUAUAUAAAAUAUCUGUGAUUAAUUUAUUUAAAUAAAUAUUUGUUUAUAAAGACAAUCAGUUAAAGUGAACAAUGACGUUUAAAGUAUUCAUACUUUGCGUUGUAGCAACUUCCUUCGCUGCACAAUAUACUGAUAAAUACGACGACAUUAAUCUUAAAGAAAUCGUGGAGAAUAAAAGAAUAUUACUGUCAUAUGCGAAUUGUGUUUUAGAAAAAGGAAAAUGCAGUCCGGAGGGAAAAGUGCUUAAAGAUCAUAUAAAGGAUGCAAUCGAGACAGGAUGUAAAAAGUGUACGGACGCACAAAGAACCGGCACCGAAACCAUGAUUCGUCAUUUGAUCAAAUACGAACCAGAUAUUUGGAAUGAACUCGCAACAAAGUACGAUUCAACUGGCGAAUGGAGGAAAACAUACGAAGACGAGGCCAGAAAAUACGGAAUCUUGUAACUUGAAUGACAUAAUAUUAUUAUUAUACCUCCAAAGGCAGUUAUUGACAUAUUUAUAAAUGUGUCUGCAAUAAAAGUAAAUAUAAAAAAUGCCACAGAAAUAAUUUUAAGUGUGUUAAAAAGAACAUGUAUUUUAUUUAAAUAUAACCGUUUAAUUAGAA